AAAAGGUAACAAUGUCUGUGUCUGCUAUCUUUGGCACCGGAAUCGCCACCGUCGCUGCUUCUCCGGCUCUCCGCCAGUUUCAAGCUCCGAAAUUGGGAAACGGAGGAGGACUAGGAAUGGUGAUAGAGUGUUCGUCGAGGCCGCAGAAGAAGUCGACUGCCCAUCACAGGAAGACGAGGCCGAAGAAGACUCAGCCUUGGGACAUUAAGAGAAAGCCUACAGUGUAUGCUCCUCUUCCUCCUCUCCCUCCGGAUUGGACUCCGCUCGCUUUUUCUUCCGACGACGGUGGUGCCACCGCCGUCGCUUCUCCCGCCGGAGAUUUGGCCUCAGGCGCCGCCGCAUAGUAACGACUUAUUCGCUGGUCUGGUUAUUAUUUUAGCUUGAAAGCUCUUGUUGGUGUUCUGUUUUCUGUUAAUGUGUUCUGUUUUCUGCUGUCUCAUGUGUUAAUGAUUGGACCCAUGCUGUUCACCUUUAUUAAAGCUUCUUCUGUUUUUGGUUUUAAAUGCCUCAGCUUUA